ACAUCAACCAAAACGAUGGAAACAAUGAUAGUCGGUGAUAUAGAUCCUUUCGAUAUCUGUCGCGUUUGUAUGGAAGAGGUAAAUAGCUUUUGGCCACUGUUCGAGCACUGCGAGCUAUUGCCAUCGGGAAUGCAACCAGCCACGCUCAUCUCCAAGACAUCCGGAGUAAGCGUCCAGAAGGACGAAGGACUGCCCGAAAUGGUUUGUAACAGCUGCCUAGUGGCCUUGGUAAACGCGCACAUUAUUCGGCAAAAGUGCAUCGCAUCGGAUCGGAAGCUACGAAAAAUACUGUUCUAUCGGCCGGUUCCACCUCCAGUCGAAGCGAAUGUCACGAAAGGAUCGUUUGUUGCCGCACCGGACACGGAUGCUCUGAUCGAGCAUCAGGAACUUCAUUCCGACGCAAACAAGGAGCUGGUAGAGAAGAAGAAGAUGCUAGCUACAGCAGGUUCAAUCAUGGAAGAAAACGUUCCCUCGUUACCCGACCAGAAUAAAGCGGAUGCUAAUGCUAGCGAGCUGCAUGUGACAACAGUGAAGAAGGAAAUUUUGAACGACUUUUCGUACGUGGACGUUCAGUACACGGAAGAGUACCUGGUAGAGGAUCACCACGAACAAAUUGAAGUGGAGGGCCACGAAGCGGCUGAACCUGACAGGCUUGCUUUAGACGGAACAAUACAGAUGGAGGUCGAGAUAGUCAAAAGAGAAACGCGAUCGGCCCAACACCCGGCUGGCGCUGAGCUGGGCAAGCAAAAACAUAUCUGCGAUGUUUGCGGUAAAGAGUUUUCGACCAAGGGCAACCUGAAAUCGCACACGCUGCUGCACACCAACGAGAGGCCCUUUGUCUGCGAGCAAUGUGGGAUGAAUUUUGCGAAAAAAAGUAACUACAAGGUACACGUGGCCCGGCAUGCAACCGAGCGAAAUUAUCCCUGCCCCGAGUGCAAUAUGUCGUUUGUGCACCCUAUAAACCUAAACCAUCAUAUGCGUAAACACACGGGCGAACGGCCAUUCCACUGCCACUAUUGCACGAAAACUUUCGUUCACUUUUCCGACAAAAAGCGCCAUGAGUUCAAGCACACCGGCGACUACCCGUUCGAGUGCGAGAUUUGCAGUCACAAGUUUGCGCGAAAGCAAAACUUUAUGCAGCACAUUCCCAAGUGUACAAGACGCGCCAACGACGAUGUUACGUUGACCAAAACAUUGAGACGCCGGAAAAAGCAUUAGUAGCGUAAAAUUCGUUUACUCUAGUAAGACUGGUUCACUUUCGUGAAUCUCUUGACAUACUAUCUUUUGCAUUAAACUCAUAAUUUAGGACGG